AAAGCUGGAGGCCAUUGGCCGCCGUGGAACGAGGCGGGCCCAGGGUAUUGUCCGGCUCCGGCGGCAGUGGUCGGGGCUGCGAGAGCGGCGAGAGCGGCUCGGGCGGCAACGGAGGGUUCACGGCCGCGCAGAGGAAAAGUCGGCCGAGACCAUGGCUGGAGGCAAAGCUGGCAAGGACAGCGGAAAGGCCAAGGCUAAGGCGGUGUCCCGCUCCCAGAGAGCGGGGCUGCAGUUUCCUGUGGGCCGCAUCCACAGACACUUGAAGACUCGCACCACAAGCCACGGGCGGGUUGGCGCCACGGCUGCCGUGUACAGUGCAGCUAUCCUGGAGUACCUCACGGCUGAGGUGCUGGAGCUGGCUGGCAAUGCGUCCAAGGACCUCAAGGUGAAGCGCAUCACGCCGCGUCACUUGCAGCUCGCCAUCCGUGGUGAUGAAGAAUUGGAUUCCCUCAUCAAGGCGACCAUAGCUGGGGGUGGUGUGAUCCCUCACAUCCACAAAUCUCUGAUUGGAAAGAAAGGACAGCAGAAAACUGCUUAAGAGGGCGUUCUCACGCAGCUCCCACCUGCCUCUGUACUGUGACUGGGACAGAAGAAAUAGUGGGCGUAUGUGGGGUUUUUAAGAACAGGUCAUGGAAAAGCAUAGACAAUUGCUAUAGACAGGAUAAAAGAAACCUUUGUAUGUUCUCCGACUGAGAAGUUUGAUAAAAGUACCUUUUCAUGUGG